GUAGGUAGCAGAGAGCUUCUAGACGAAAACCCUAAACCUCCCGACUCCACAGAGAAAGAAAUAGCAAAUAUUUUCCUUCCUCUUCAAGAAAUUUUAUCAUUGGAAUUUCUUCUCAACCAAAAGGAAAUCCAAUUCUUAUUUUCGCUUACAUCGAAUUUGAUCAUUAAUUUUAGUUUCUUCGAUAAGGAAUAGUUUCUAAAAUCAAUACAGAUGAAUCUCUGCUGCUGCUGUUUAAAUUAGGGUUUACAAAUGAGCAGGUUUCGUUUAAUUGGGUCUAUAUCCAAUAUUCGAAAGUUACAUCGGCAUAAAACUGCAUUGUCAUUGGUAGCAGAUGAGUUUCUUCAUCAGGAGAAUGGUGGAUUGAGGGGAAAUUUUCAAAGUUUACAUAGUUUGUGCCGUGGUGUUAGUGGAGUUGAUGUUAGAUUACUAAACAUAGGAGGUUUUCUGAACAAGCGGUAUUUUCACGCAACAGGAUCUUGUCAGCGAGAUUUUUAUGAAGUUCUUGGUGUCCCAAAGGAUGCUAAUCGGGAUGAUAUCAAAAAGGCAUUCCAGGGGCUUGCCAAAAAAUAUCAUCCAGAUGCGAAUAAGAAUAAUCCUGCUGCAAAGAGGAAAUUCCAAGAGAUAAGUGAAGCCUAUCAGACCCUAAAAGAUGCUGAAAAGAGAGCUCAGUAUGAUAUGGAAAACACCAGCAGCGCUGGGAAAGGAAAUUACUAUGGUAGAAAUCCACAGGGUUACUCUACUAGAACUGCGGGUGAUUUCAGUGGUUUUCAUGAAGAGCAUUUCUCUAGUUCUUUCCGUAAUAUAUUUUCCGAGAUCUUUGAAGAAGUAGAUGACUUUGCUCCAGAGAUACAGGUGGAGCUGAACCUCUCCUUUGCUGAAGCUGCGCAAGGCUGUCAGAAGAAGCUGAAAUUUAAUGCUCGUGUUCCUUGCGGUUCUUGCAAUGGACUUGGUCAUCCAGCUUAUGCAAAGAUGAAAGUAUGCCCAACUUGUGGAGGCAUUGGAAGAGUUACAAUUCCUCCUUUCACAUCAACAUGCAGUGCUUGCAAAGGACAGGGCCGAGUUGUUAAGGAAAUUUGUACUGCUUGUAGAGGAGGCGGAGUUGUUGAAGGUGUGAAGGAGGUCACUGUUAUAAUCCCGGCUGGCGUUGAGACUGGGGAUACAAUCAGUGUAAAAAAUGCUGGUAAUAGUGCAGGCCGGGGAGUUCUACCUGGAACUUUAUACAUAAAACUAAAUGUUGCAAAAGAUUCUAUAUUCCGGAGAGAUGGUGCAGACAUACAUGUUGAUGCUAAUAUUAGCUUUACACAAGCCAUUAUUGGUGGUAAAGUUCAUGUUCCAGCAUUGUCCGGCGAGAUGCAAAUAAAAAUACCAAAAGGAGUUCAGCCAGGACAUACUGUAGUACUGAGAAGCAAAGGUUUGCCAACACAUGGUGGUUAUAUACAAGAUUUUGGUGAUCAAUAUGUGCAUUUCCGCGUCAAAUUUCCCACUUCGUUAAAUGAACGCCAGCGUGCACUAAUGGAAGAAUUUGCUAAAGAGGAGUGUAUGCAUGGAAAUAGUGCUCCUGAACCUGAAGGGGAGAACUGGCUUUCUCAGAAGCUCUCAACUGGUUGAACUUACAGGUUGAAGCCAGUUGUUGAUAUUGUGACGGGUCCGAAUUUCGUGCGCAAUUUCAGUAUCUUUCUACUCAUACUGCUUUUGCUGAGCAAAGCUACAAGCUGAAAUCUGACUGUCGCUCUCCAUCUGAUGCAUGAGGUUAAACAAGUCUAUAUCUACUUCUCCAACCAAGAGGUAUUUCUUGAAAUUCAUAAUUUUGUCCCGUCGAUAAUUGGAAAAACCUAAAAUGUAAUUUCUUACACACUGCCUGGCGCAAAAUUCAAUUAUUUGUUCAUAAUUGCUUCCAUGAGCUCUUACAGAAAAAAUUUUGUUUUUGCUAGUGGUUCUGUCAAGUACUACUGAAGUUAUACUACCUGUAGAUGUACAGAAAAAGUGGUUACUCCAAUUACAUCAAUAAAUGUGCACUUGCUCACUUAGCAAA